CACAACAAAAUAUUUCUACCUUUUGUCAUCAAUCCUUUCACAAUGACAAAUCCGGCAUAUGUAACACUCCUACUGCUCAUCAUUAUACACCUCUUUGCCUUUUAUCAAGUUUCUGCUUCCAAUUACCAUGUUACAAACACCAAUUCAGUAGUGCCCGCAAAAAAUUUGCAAAUAGCAAAUGAAGUGGAUUCUCUGUUGACCUGGAAGUCCAGUCUUGACCUCAAAGCCCAAAAACUAUUGUCAUCUUGGAUUGCUGGUGUCAGUCACUGCAAUUGGUCUGGGAUUCACUGCAAUAUUGAUGAAAGUAUUACAGGCUUGAACCUUGCUGGUUAUGGCUUACGAGGUACACUUAGCUGCCUAAAUUUGUCAUCCUUGACCUCUUUAGAAAUUAUUGAUUUUUCUGGCAACUAUUUCUAUGGUAACAUUUCUUUUAUCAAAGCAAUGUCCAAUUUGCAAAAUUUAAAAGUCUUGUACCUUUAUGACAACCAAUUUUCGGCCUAUAUUCCUCAAGAAAUUGGGAUGUUAAAAUCGCUUGUAAAACUGGAUCUUUCAUCAAAUGCUCUCACGGGCCAAAUUCCUCCCGAAAUAGGCAAUUUGUCAAUGUUGACAAAUUUAUCUCUAUCAAAAAAUCAUCUUUAUGGGUUCAUCCCCAAAGAGGUAGGAAAAUUGGCAUCUCUUCAAUGUCUACGGUUGUCAAAAAAUAAUCUUAGCAGUCCAAUCGUUGCUUCAAUUGGAAACUUGUCUAAGUUGGUAAAUUUAUCUUUAUCUGGAAAUCAACUCUAUGGAUAUAUCCCUAAAGAGUUGGGGAAAUUGAAAUAUCUUCAAGGGCUAUGGUUGUAUUCAAAUAACCUUAGUGGUGAAAUCCCUUCAGAAAUAGGAAACUUGUCUAAGUUGAUAACUUUACCCAUGUACAAGAAUAACCUCUAUGGAUCCAUCCCUAAAGAGUUGGGGAAAUUGAAAUCUCUUCAAGGGUUAUGGUUAUAUUCAAAUAACCUUAGUGGUCAAAUUCCUUUAGAAAUAGGGAACUUGUCAGAGUUGAUAACUUUAUCCCUAUAUGAGAAUCAACUCUAUGGAUCCAUCCCUAAGGAGUUGGGAAAAUUGAAAUCUCUUCAAGGGCUAUGGUUGUAUUCAAAUAACCUUAGUGGUCAAAUCCCUGCAGAAAUAGGGUGCUUGCCAAAAUUGAUAUAUUUAUCUCUUGAUGGGAAUCAACUCUAUGGAUCAAUCCCUAAGGAGUUGGGAAAUUUGAAAUCUCUUCAAGGACUAAGCUUAUAUUCAAAUAAGCUUAGUGGUAAAAUCCCUUCAGAAAUAGGGAACUUGUCAGAGUUGAUAACUUUAUUCCUAGGUGAGAAUCAGCUCUAUGGACCCAUCCCUAAGGUGAUAGGAAACUUGCCAAAAUUGAUAAAUAUAUCACUUGAUGAGAAUCAACUAUAUGGAUCCAUCCCUAAGGAAUUGGGAAAAUUGAAAUCUCUUCAAAGCUUAUGGUUGUAUUCAAAUAACCUUAGCGGUCAAAUCCCUUUAGAAAUAGGGAACUUGUCAGAAUUGAUAAUUUUAUCCCUAGAUAGGAAUCAGCUCUCUGGAUCUAUCCCUAAAGAGUUAGGAAAAUUAAAAUAUCUUCAAGAACUAUGGUUGCAUUCAAAUAAUCUUAGUGGUCAAAUUCCUUCAGAAAUAGGAAACUUGUCAGGCUUGAUAACUUUAAUCCUAUUUGAGAAUCAACUCUAUGGGUCCAUCCCAACUGAGCUCAAUAAUCUCACCGGUUUGAGGAAUUUUGAAGUAUGCGAUAAUCAUCUCACUGGUUCAUUGCCAGAAAGUUUGUGUCUUCAUGGAUCGCUAGAAACAUUAAUUAUUGAAAACAACAAAUUUAGUGGAAGACUUCCUAAAAGCCUCAAGAAUUGUACAACCCUUUACCGAGUCAGGCUUGAAAGCAAUGAGCUUUACGGAGACAUAUCAAAAGAUUUUGGGAUAUAUCCGAAACUAGAUUACAUAGAUUUGAGUUACAAUAACUUUUACGGUCGACUGUCAUCGAAAUGGGCUCUUUGUCCAAAACUUACUGCUCUGAAGAUGGCGGGCAAUCGAAUUUCUGGAAAUAUCCCACUUCAACUCGGCAAUGCAUCCCAACUGCGGUAUCUUGAUCUCUCUUCAAAUCAGCUGGUUGGAAGGAUUCCUGGAACUUUGGGAAAGAUGAGUUUGUUAUAUAUGCUAAAGUUAGAAAAUAACAGACUUAUGGGCAACAUACCACUAGAAGUUGGGGAACUAUCUUGGCUUGAACGCCUAAAUUUAGCUUCUAAUAAGUUUGUUGAUUCCAUUCCCCCACAAAUCGGAAGAUGUGAACGCCUAAUUACAUUGAAUCUGAGCAGAAAUAUGCUUGUGGGCAAGAUUCCUCCUGAUAUGCUAAGCUUGAAAUCCCUUGAAAAUCUUGAUCUCAGUCACAACAUCCUCUCUGCUCAGAUACCACCACAAGUUGGGGAAUUAACAAACUUACAGACAUUGGACUUAUCACACAAUAAUUUGUCAAGCUCGAUCCCAUCAACCAUUGCUCAAUGUGCAGCUUUAGUUUCUAUUGAUAUAUCUUACAAUCACUUGGAAGGUCCUAUCCCUAACACCAAAGCAUUUUUACUAGCACCAUAUUCUGCCUUAAGUAAUAAUAAAGGUUUAUGUGGCAAUCAUUCUGGCAUAAAGCCUUGCUCCCCUCAAAGUCAAAGUGAUGGCUUGAAUAGAAAUUUGGUUGUAAUCAUAUCAAUAGUUUUGGGAAGUCUAUUUCUAUUGACUGUGGUUAUUAUCAUUUUUGUUAUUUUUCUACGACGGGCGAGAAAUACAAGGGAUGAGCAACGAGAUUUUACUAAAGAUGUGUUCACAAUAUGGAGCUUUGAUGGAAAAAUGACAUAUGAAAGCAUAAUUGAAGCUACAGGGGACUUCGACUCUAGUUAUUGCAUUGGUGUAGGAGGGCAUGGAAGUGUGUUUAGGGCUGAGUUACCUAGUGGUCAAAUUGUUGCAGUUAAGAAGUUUCAUACAUUAGGCCUGCAAGAUGAUGAAAUGUGUGAUAUCAGAAGUUUUUCAAAUGAGAUAAGCACAUUAACAAAUUUGAGGCAUCGGAAUAUUGUGAAGCUCUACGGCUUUUGUGCUCAUAAUAGACAUUCAUUCUUGAUUUAUGAGUAUUUACAAGGGGGGAGUCUAGCACAAAUUUUGAGUGAUGAUGAGAGAGCAUUGCAGUUGGGAUGGUUGGAAAGGAUAAACGUAGUUAAAGCUGUGGCUAAAGCUUUAUCAUACAUGCAUCAUGAUUGUUUACCUCCUAUUAUUCAUCGGGACAUAUCAAGCAAUAAUAUUUUGUUUGAUUCUGAGCAUGAAGCUCAUGUAUCUGAUUUCGGGACAGCGAGAUUUUUGAGUCCUGAUUCGUCAAAUUGGACUGCAUUUGCUGGAACAAUGGGAUACAUAGCUCCAGAGUUUGCUUACACUGCAGAGGUAAACUGCAAAUGUGAUGUGUAUAGCUUUGGUGUGGUAACACUAGAAGUGCUUAUGGGGAAACAUCCUGGUGACCUUGUUACAUACAUUUCUUCAUCCUCACUCUCAGCAACUGCUGGAAUGCUUCUGAUGGAUUUGUUGGACCCUCGACUCUCAACUCCAAAAAAACACGAUGCACAACAACUUGUGUUGCUUGCAAAGAUAGGAGUCUCUUGUAUGAAUUCCGAUCCUCAAUGUCGGCCAACUAUGCAACAAGUUUCUGUGAUGCUAUCCAAGGAAAGGGAUUUCCCCAAAUUUUCCCCUGAGAUCACUUUAUGCCAGUUGUUUGGUCUUGAAUUUCGGAAUCCAUAAAUUUUUUCACUAUUCAAGGUAGAGUGCUCAAACAUUGGCUGAUAUGGCACAAGAAAUCGUGAAAAUAAAUGGGUUCUCAGAUGGUGAUGUUAACUAUAGUCCUUAAGCAGUUCUGACUAAACGGAGGACAAGAAUGAAUGUGAGCUGGUGCACCACGAUAUGGCUAGAGCUUGAACAUUUUAUAUAUUUAGUAUUCAUGAUAAGCAUGGGGCUUAAGUGCUUGACAAAAGUCUUGAAUAUGUGUAUGCAUAUCACUGCUUCGUCUAUUAUGAGAAUGCUGUCGUUGCUUUGAUAAUACUAGUGAAAGUGAUGCGACCCAGCUGAGAAUGUAGACUUAGCUGGCUUUGAUGAUGGGGAAAAUGGCUCCAAGAAAAGAAAGAAAGAAAUUUUAUUGAAAAAUUAUUCUCGGGGUCAAGAAACCCCGCCAGUCGUACAAGAGAAAUGUGAGAACAGAGGGUGGUAAGGAGUUGAGGGUGAAAAAAAGAGAGGGAGCUAGCAGAGAGCAACCAAAGUUAGCUAAAGAGUCUGCAACCAUGUUUGUUUCUCGAUAGGAGUGAGCGACUGAAGCUGACCAAGAAGAGAGCAAUUGACGGAUAUUGGUAACAGAUUGACGGACCUUCCAUGGAAUCGGAGCAUCAUUAUGAAGGAUAAGAUGGACUAGAACCGAUGAAUCAAUCUCAAUGAGAGUUGGUUUUCGUGCAACCAAAUCACACCAUCUCAUGGCGAAGUCGAGAGCAAGUGCUUCGGCUUCCAGCGCAGAAGUAGCUGAAAGGGGAAAGGAUAAAGCAGCAACAAUGGCACCAUUAGAGUUGCGAAGGACAGCGCCACCUCCACAUGAGACCGAGGAGAAGGCGGCAUCGGAGUUGAGCUUCAAUCUGCCAGAGGGAGGGUGAUGCCAUUUAAUCCAGAGAGUCCUCUUUGGUUUUGGUGCAGUGAAAAAAGCUACCAAGCCAACGUCAAUAAGUCUUCGGUCAGAGGAUUUAGUGGACUGAAAGGGAUGAGCAAUGGAGAGAUCAAAACAUUCUUUUUUCACUUCUUGAAUAAUUCUAUCAUGGGAGAAACGUCCCCCAUCAUGAAUCAAAGUAUUAUAUUUCUUCCAUAAGAUCCAUAGAAUGAAACAGGGCAUUAAAUCUCGGAAUGUAGCUGUAACAUUGCUCCAGCCUGUUUCAGAUCUUGUCGGUGGAUCUGCUAACCACCAGACAUGGCAAGCAGAUCGAACUGAGGAGACUAGUGUAAAA